GAGGAGAGAGAGGAGAGAGGAGACGGGAGACGGGAUCGCGUUGACAAAGAUAAAAUAAUCAACUCUUUCUUUACUCAUGGAUGUGUUGGCGAACUACAGUAUCUUCCAGGAACUCCAGCUCGUUCACGACACCGGUUAUUUCUCCGCGAUGCCUUCACUGGAGGAGAACUGGCAGCAGACAUGUCUAGAGUUGGAGCGAUACCUACAGACGGAGCCCAAGCGACUCUCGGAGCUCUUUGAUGAGGAGCUGGACGGUCUCUUAACGCCUUCCUUCAUGCAGGGGGGAGACAGUGAUGAGGAGCUGAUGGACCCCCUUCUCCCCAGCCUCCCUGACCAACCCAGCCCGCCUCCACUACUGGUAACCCUUCCCAAGGUCCAGGCCAAAAUCCUCCAGGUGCCCAACCAGAGCAAGACCCCAGCAGAGGUAGGGACUGAAACCCUCACACCAAAGGACCAAGUCCUGGCAGGAGUCAGUGCCGCACAGCUCAGCGCUGCUGUGACAUCCCUAACACCGCCAUCGUCACCAGAGCUCGGCCGCCACCUCAUCAAAUCUACACAAACACUGACCGCGACGGCGGACGGUACGCUUACGCUCAAAUUUGUGGCGAAGAAGGUAGGGUUGGGGGCGGCCAAACUGGUGGCAGCGCGGGCGUUACCGUCGCCGCCGAGCCGAGGAGGAGCUCUCAGUGACGGCGAGCAGGGAGGAGGAGGAAGUCUUGGAGGAGAAGUACCAGAGAACAAAAAGAGAGUCCACCGGUGCCAGUUUAAUGGCUGCAGGAAGGUUUACACCAAGAGCUCCCAUCUGAAGGCACACCAGAGGACUCACACCGGUGAGAAGCCCUAUAAGUGCUCAUGGGAGGGCUGCGACUGGCGUUUCGCCCGCAGUGACGAGUUGACACGACACUACCGCAAACACACCGGAGCCAAGCCAUUCAAGUGCAACCACUGCGACAGGUGUUUCUCUCGGUCGGACCACCUGGCCCUGCACAUGAAGAGGCACAUCUGAGGGCAAAAAGAAAAGGAGAAGGAGAAGGGGA